AUCCUGGGUAUCAGUAGACGUAAGCUAAAGUCUAUUUUGAUUCUCUAAUCCGUACAUUCCGUCUGUCUGCGUUUACAAAUAAAUCUCGAUUAAGCAGAUUCCGCUGAAAUGUGCCGCUGAUUUGCGCUUUCUGCCUUUUGGUGAGAUCAUAAAGCCCGUUAGCGUUUCGUUGCCUACUCAUAAUAAAAACAUUUCUACGCGUUGGCCGAUGAUACACGUCAUAUCCGCCGCCACUUCCGCUUGCCUAGGCUGAGUGACUUUAUUGCGCAGUGACAGUUAUUUUAGUUCCCGCGCUUGUGACCGUGUCUCGCGCUGUCAUAACAAAUAGCACGCAGUUAGCGAGAUAGCAUCGCCGUGUCAGAAAGAAAGAGGAAAUUCGCGUCAGGCGGACCGGAAAAGAUGUCCUUCUGGGUCAUGUAACGGAUUCCCUUUCUUCUCACUUUGAAAGUAAUCCAGUAAGUAGCUGCAGUAUCUCCAGGCUGCCGGACUCUCUGAACAGCGCGGACAUCACCAUGGACAACAUGACGGCUCCCAUGUUCCCCGGGCAGAAGAUGUCUCCGAGCAAAGCCAUAACAAUGAAGGACUACGAGAAUCAAAUCACUGCUCUGAAAAAAGAAAACUUUAACCUGAAGCUGAGGAUCUACUUCCUGGAGGAGCAUGUGCAGCAGAAAUGUGACGAUUCUACUGAAGAAAUUUACAAAACGAACAUCGAGUUAAAGGUGGAGGUGGAAUCUAUGAAGAGAGACCUUGCUGAGAAACAGGAACUGCUUGUGUCUGCAUCGAAAGCGCUAGAGAGUUUAGCUAACAGAGAUUCCGGGGAAGGCCUGAGGGAGCGCGCUCGGAGAGAGAUGGAUGCACUCCGAGAAACAUUCAAUGCCAGGAUCAGAGAACUGGAGGAGUCUCUGCGCUGUGCAGAGGAGGAAGUGGAGAAGAUGGCUUCCAUCGCGGAGCAAGAGAAGCUGCGGAGUCUAGGUUUGGAGAAAGAACUUGAAGCUGUGGGUCAGUCAGGACCUUUGCACCAUGCUGGCUCCGCCCCUGGGCAGGACCACAAACUCCAGCAGGCUCUGCAGGAGAAAGACCGUGUGAUCGAGCGCCUCCGGGAAUCCAUCAAACACCAGGAUGCUCUGAUUGGAGAGCUUCAGGAGAAGGCCCAGGACCAGCCUAUUGCAGAGCAGAUGGUCCAGCUCAACACCAUGAUUGGCCAGAAGGAUGCAGAAGUACAGGCUCUAAAAGAAGAGUUGGAUCGUGAGAGAGAAAGGACCGAGAAGGAAAACAAGGUGUGCGUGGUGAAGCAGGAUGAGCUGAACAUGCUACAGCAGAGAACCAGGCAGCUGACCGAAGAGCUUAACUCCACCAAGAGCAGCAGUCAAACACUAAAACACAGGCUGGAGGAGAUGGACCGAGAGAACAAGGGCCUUUCUGGACAGCUGGAGGAGAAGGAGAGUGAGCUAGCUGCAGAAAAGAAAAACGCCACCAAACGAGACAAGACCAUUCAGGGCCUGAGCAUCCUGCUUAAAGAGAAAGAACGACAGGUGGAUGAAUUGUAUGGGAAUCUAGAGGAGAAAGAUCAGGCCUUAAGCCAGGCCAGGGAUGCUCUUCACAAAGCUCAGCUACAGAAAUACCAGGGUGGUGAGGAACAACAGGCCCUGUUGCAGUCGCAGCACGCCGAGCUGUCUCGUCUGCAGGCGGAGUGCCACUCGUCCCUGCUGGAGCUUCAGCGGCUGCAGCGUGCGCUCAGCAGCAAAGACGCACAACUGGAGCUGCUGCAGCAAGACAAACUGCAGCUGGAGAACGAACUGGAGCUGCUCCAGCAGCACAAAAGGAAAGGAGACAAGACCAUUAAUGACCUGCAGAACCAGCUGAAAAAGCUGAGUGGAGAGCUGGCCGAACGUGAGAACCUUCUAGAACAUCAGAGUGUAGCACAGCAAGAGCAAACCCAGAGGACAGAACAUAAACUGCAGAGCACGAUACAACAUCUAACAACUAGUCUCACAAAGAAAGAACAGCAGCUACAGGACUACAUGAGCAUGGUGCAGGAUCUGGAGCAGGAUCGAACUUCAGCAGGAAGUGAUGUAAUGUUGGCCAAGCUCAGAGAGAAGCUGAGGGAAAAGGAGAAGGCUCUGGAGAAAGCGCUAGAUGAAAAGUUUGUGGCGGUAGAGGAGAAGGAGAAUGAAAUUCAUCUGCUGCAGCUGAGCAUGAGGGAAAAGGAGAGAGAUUUGGAGCGGCUCCGUAACCUGCUCUCUCACAAUGAGGAGACUGUUAAUAGCUUUGAUGCGUUAUUGAAGGAGAAAGACACUGAGUUGCAACAACUCCUGAACUCGUUGAAAAACCUGCAGCGCUCCAAACAGGAGAGUGAAGAGAACCUGCAAAGAGCUCUGAGAGAGAAAGACUCCAUCAUCCAGCAGCUCCAACACACACUGCAGCUCAAAGCUAAAGACAUGGAGGACAUGGCUAGUACUGUUCUAAAUCAUUCAGAGUCUCAGGGACGUGAUCUUGCAGAGCAGAUGGGGCAGAGGUUAAAGGUGACGGAGGCCAUGUUAGCCGAGGCAGUGAAGCACAGAGAAAGGCUGGUGUGUGAAAACCAGACAGCCGUGGAGAACCUGCUUGCCAGCAUCAGUCGCAAAGACCAGCUGCUCAAGGAGAGUGCGGAGCGACAUGCACACGCUCUUUCUGAUCGGUCAGCAGAGCUGCAGGACCUGCGCAGACAGCUCGCAGACACCCAACUGCAACUCAGCAACGCUCAGAACCUCAGUGCUGCACUGAAUGAGAAGGAUGUGCUCAUCAAUAAGCUGUUGGACCGUGCUCAGGAGAGAGACCACAGUCCGAGUGAGACAAAGGUGGGAGAGGCUCCACCCCCUCAGGUGGUAGAACUCAGACAUACCAUAAAAGUGCUGCAACAGAGAUUGGAGGAGAAAGAGGCCGAGCUGUCUCAGCGGUACAGCGAGGAGAACAUGGAGACAUCUCCUACAGUCCAUAAGAAACCUGCUGUAAUACUGAAGAAAGAGCUUGCCCAGAAAACAGAUGCUCUCAACAGUGCUCUGAAGAGAGAAAACCAGCUCAAGAUGUCUAUUGCUGAGCUUCAGUCCUCUGUGUCAGAGCUGGAGGGCCGACUAGAGGGCCAAACAGCCAACGUCGAGUCUCUCAAAUCCACAGUCAGUACUAAAGAUGAAAUUAUUACUGAGCUACAGCAGCGUUUGGCCCAGAUGGGAGUGAGGCAGUUGGCUACAACCCUUGAUCACCACUCCCAGUAUGGUGAGGAGCUCAGCUACCGCUCCCUUCCUCAGAGAGAGAGAACCAUCAUUGGGGGAGACCGAAAGCAGCAGCAGGAGAUGUCGUCUCUGGGUGACCUGUGCUCAGAGCAGGCCGAGCUAAACCAUAUCCUCAGGGAAGAGCAGCAGCUCUACACCAAGCUUGUUCAUGCGGUCGAAGAGCAAGACAGUGCUCAGCGGUUACAGGCUCUACAGCUGGAGCUGGCCGCCGUGACGCUCCUCAGGCAGCAGUUGGAAGACGGCGUGCGUAACAACAACGAGCUCCGAGAGCAACUGCACCGAGAAAUCCAGAGAGUUAAUCAGAGAGAAGGUGCAGACCCUGCAGAGCUGGAGAAUAUGCGAGAUGCUCUAGAAGAAGCUCAGCGCUGGAACGCAUCUCUACAAGCCCGACUUGGCCAGAUCCAGAGCAGAGGAGGAGGAGUAGGACAGGCCAAUGACAUGGAUGACACGCUGAGUCUGAUCGGCGAGCAGACGUCCUAUAUGAGUAUAUGUAUAGGGGAGGGGCAAGAGGAGGAGCUACAGCAUCUUUCUGUGGAACAGCUCAGGUUGAAGGUCUCCGAGCUACAGGCAGUAAAUGCGGAGCUGCAGAAACGGUUGUCCCUGGCAGAGAGAGACACUAUGGGUAACGCUCAGAGAGAGCCACAGGGACAACUCGACCUUGUUGGUUUUUCACCAUCCAGCGAGCAGCCGCAGGGACUGGCCAGACCGCUAGCUGUUAAUGCUAACGAGAGACUAGCUGCCCCCGGUGUACAGGAGACAGCUGACGAAAGUCUUGCGGCUCAAAGAAGGAUGGCGAGUUCUCCGUUACCUUUGCCAUUGAAAGAUAAUGGAAACUCCCCAUAUGCUCCUGGACACCAGGGUGAGAAUGAGCGGGCGGAACUUGCAUCCUUACUUAGAGACUGUGGAGCAGAGUCUGUUUCUCAUCUCAGGGAGCAGGUAAAUAAACUACGUUCAGAAAUGUCAAAGCUCGGUGUGCUCCUGAAGGAAGACAACUCGGCCGAGUCCAAAGAGAGCGCGGAAAGUUCCGGAGAGAACGACGGCCAGGCUAACCUGCACCGGACCGUGCAGACCCUCCGCUCGGAGGCCCGAAGUCACCGCAAAGUCGUUCGGCUAUUGAAGGAACAGCUCCAGCGCAAUGCAAAAGCAAAAGCUGACGAUGGGCCAGGGGUCGGGCCGGAACUGAUUGACACCAUGGCACGGAAGAUGGAGCGUCUGAGGGAGGAGCAUGAGGCCACUCAGAGACAUGCUGCCAGUCUGGAGGAUAGGCUAAAGGAGAUACAAAACAGAGAAAAAAAUGAGAGCAGAGAACGCGAAGAAGAGAAAGAAAGAAAAAAGAAAGGCAGACCAGACCAAAGCAAGAAGUUGAACAAAAGCCUGAAACAUGCAGCGUACACCAAAUCACGGCUGCCAGUAGCGAUGAGACCUGUAAAGCAAAGGGACAGACAGGAGCCGACCGAUCGUGAUACAGAGGAAAGUACUGAGCAACUUAGUACAACAGAUUCUGAGCAGCACAGCCUAAGGAGCAGAGGCCUCGAUGGGGCAGUACUUCAAAGUUCUCCAGGCAGCAGCUUUGAGGCUCUUUGGGAUUCCGAGUCCAGACGAAACACACACCCUGAGACUAUACGAAACCGCGACGCCAGGCCAAGUUCAACGAGUGCACCUGACUUUCCACAGUCAGAACUCUUAUCUCAGCUGGAGCUACUGAACCAAGAGUGCCAGGAGAAGGAGGAGCUCAUCUCCCAACUUCAGUUUCAGAUGCAGAAUUGGGACGGGCUCCAGGCUGAGCUUCAGGAGAAGGAACGGUUGAACGGUCAGUACCUGGAAGCCUUGCACGCUGCAAAGUCCACAAUUGCAUACCUUACAGCUUGUAACCUGGAUUCUGAAAGCGGCCUGGCGCAGCCUGGAUUGGGAUCUGAUUCGUCACUGCAGCGGCAGUGCACUGAGCUUCAAAGAGUUGUGCAGGAAAAAGAUCAGCUCAACUCUCAGCUGCUAGAGUGCUUGAACACAGUCGAGGCUGCCCUUGCAUCACUGACUUCAGCUGAUCAGCCUGGAAGCUUUUUCUCUGCUCAGAAUGACCCACAAGCCUUGUGUGAGAGGCUCGAGGGCCUGCUCAGCCAGCUCAAGGGCUUGCAGGAGCAGAAAAACGCUUCCACAGGUACUCCUAAGGAGUUGUAUUGCCCAGAUGGAGGUUCAGCGUCAGACCUGCAACGCCAAGCCGAGACCCUUCAGGGGUCACUGUUACAGCAGUGCAGGCUGAAUGCAGAGUUGCAGGAAAAGCUCAGGACUGCAGAAGAAACUAUUACCAAACUGCGUGCUCAACACAACAGCACUACCAAAGACCAGGAGUUGAUUUGCAGCCACAAGUGCACAAGUCCACGAGAGGAGACGGUACACGAAUAUGAAGAGGGACAGCAUAGACUGGCUGCGUGUCUUUCUGAAUGUAUUUUAGCAGCAGAACAAGCAGUAGAGUCUCUUUCGGAUUAUUGUUCAAGGUCCGAUCAGCUUUUGCAUGGUCCUGAAAUCUUGACCAACACCGAGCUCGAACAGAACUUGGACAGGCUUCAGAAGGCACUCCUGGAACGAGACCGGCUUGGGCACCGUGGCAGUGCGGAUAUAAGCCACAGCACUAUUGUGGGUCCACUCCAACACAAACCAGUACAGCACACCUUACAGAUUUCAGGUGCUGCACAACAGAAGACAAGCACCCCGAUUUCCCAAGGACAGCACAAACAGGGGCAACAGAACAUAUCAGAAACCUGGGAUCCUGAUCGAUCAGGAAGUCCACACCUGAACCUCCACAAGAAUCUCACAUCGCUCGUCCAGAUCUUUAAACGGCACGCUCAGAAGGUUCGGGAGCUAGAGGAGGCACUUAAAGUUGAGCAGGGGCAAGGCCUUAAAGGAGGUAGUGGGUUAAACCCUGAGGGUGUUGCCCAGUUGGAGAGCUUGCAGAAGGCCUUAAAAGAGAAGCAGAAAACGUGUCAGAAGCUGGAGGAGAAACUGGCUUCGGCUCAAUCCAUCAUCGCCCUGCAGAACUCGUCCAAGAGGGAGAAACACUCAGAGCGACGCAAAGCACCUCGUGGUGAACAGGAUGAUAAAGGCAUUCAGGUGGAUACACAGGACCUCGGCUACGAGACAAGUGGAAGGAGUGAGACGGAGGUGGAAAGAGAGGAAGGCAGUAGCACAGAUGUAGACGGCGUCGCGUGCUUGGACCCCGCUCUCUCCGGAUUCACCUCAGCAGACAAUCUGGACACGACGGCGUCCAGCCCGUCUUACCCGAGCUCACCCGAUCUCAGCUCUCCUCGGCCACACGACCCCAAAUCUGACCCCACCCGUGAGCUCGUGCAACUCCGGUCACAGGUGGAAAGUCAGCACAAGGUCAUCGCACACCUCCAGCGACUGCUGCACAAGACGCGCUCGACUGCUGAGGUUCUGAGUGUGACCUCUGACCCUGCAAGCUGUGAGGAAGAGGAGGAACGUGCAGCAACGAAGGCUCGGAUUUCCCAGCUUACCACCGAGCUGGAGAGAGAGCGUACGACCGCUAGGAGUAACGAGUCAGCUUCUCCAUCCAGGAUGGAGUCUCUGGUGCAGUCUCAAGCACGGGAGUUGUGCGAGUUGCGUGAGCAGAUUCGAGUCUCGCGUACCCUCGGCGCCGAGCAGCGCAGGCAGCUGCUGGAGCUUCGGGGGGCGCUAGAGGAGCUGAUGCAAUCUAACGAUGGGCAGAGCACCCUAAGCACAACUCUCCAAAAACACCUGGACUGGAGUCUCAGCCUACUGGACAAACUGGAGCAAGCAGAUCCUCGCGUAGAAAACGACGAGCUGUCGGGACUCGAGCUGGCUCAGAGACUGACCGCAGAGCUCCAGGAGAAGGAAAGGCUCAUCGAGCAGCUGAAGGACCAGCUGCAUGGCAAAACUCCCAGUAUGCAUCAGGAUCUCGAGUCCGAAAUGAGUGACAGAAUCUCUAACAGCAGCACUGUUUCCGUUCACGACAGCCUCCACGACCUUCAGACACUCGCCGCCGAAGGAGCAACUGAAGGCAUGACAUCAACCAGUGGCAAGUGUGUUCCUGAUGCUGAGCCCCACCCUUCAUCAGUCUGUGCGGUUGACGACUCGAAUAGAUCUCGGGGUGAUGAGGGGAGUGUUUAUACUCUACAGAGGGAUAACGACCGUCUGCAGCAGCAGCUGAGAAAGAGCGAAGAGCUUAAUGCCACACUGAGGAGCGAACUGGACCUCACUCACUCCAUCCUUACAUGCACACGGAGUCCGAGCACCACGCCGACCAAACACACACACACUCCGAGCAGCUCGUCAGUCACACAAACGCACUCGCAGAGCCAGGCUACGGACCUCCAGCAGACCCGGCACGACCCGGUCCACGCCAGCAUCAGUCCAGAUUGGUUAACGGAGCACUUACAGGAGAUUCGAGCUCUACGUCAGCGCCUGGAGGAAACCAUCCGCACCAACGAGAGACUCCGAGAGCAGCUGGAGAGAAAACUUCAGCAGGCUGAGAGAGAUCCGGAUACUCACAUCUUCAUUGCUGGGUCAGAAGAUCCGAGUAAGAUGAACAGUGAUAUCCAUUACCUUUGGGCUCAGAACCAUACACUUAAAGAACAACUGAACCAGGCGGCAAGAGAUAAACAAAAGGAGAACGACUGUCUGAGAGAGACUUUGUCCAGGCACACGGCCAAACUCGAGCUCAGUAGAAAAGAGUGUGAAACGCUGCGUGAGGAACGCACACACUUGCAGAACAGCCUGUACAGGUUGCAAUGUGAGCAAAAUCUCCAAAAGCAGCAGUUGGCAGACACCCAACAACUUCUGCAAUCGGUGCAAGUGGAGCUCCAGGUGCACGAACAGAUCAGGAACUCGGUACACACCCACACAGAAGAGGAGCAUGGUGGUUCUGAGUCCUCUGAUGUGGAUCUGAAGGAGUUACUGAGUGAAGUACGGAGUCUGCGUCGGCAGCUGGAGAGAAGCAUCCAGACCAACAGCGCACUGAGACACAAACUGGAACAACAACUACUGACCCAAACUGAUCCUCCAUCUACCAUCAACAUCAACUAUCUACUCCCUCAAGCAGAUGAAGGAGGUAAAUCAGAGAUGCCACGCCAACACUCGCACACAGACCCCUCCAGCGCUGCAUACGACAGCGGUAGCUCUGUACGAAGCGGUUCUCCAGCUUUGUCCCGACUGGUUCCAGGUCACAGGCUGUGGGCAGAUCGACAUGGGCGUCAUGUUCUAGGCCUCAUCGAGGAUUACAGCGCUCUCAGCAAACAGAUCAGAGAGGCCAAAAGAAUCACUGCAGCCAUGGAUAAACAACUACAGGACCGGUUUGUGGAGUGUGCAGGUUUUUCGGGCAGUGUGAGCACCAUGCAGCAGGUGCUGGAGGAGGCUGGGCGACUGCUAAAGCUGCUCUGGAGAAUAUCUCUGCCCACAGGAGACCUCACAGACACUCAGCAGAAUGACGUGCUGAGGAGCGAGAUCGUUCAGCUGAGAAGCAGACUGCGUCAGCAGGAGCGAAUGCUGACCGGAGCGGUCAAACGCCUGCGCUCCACCAAUCAGCUCAAAGAGGGCAUGGAGCGGAUCAUCAUCGAGCAGCUGUCACUGACUCACGGAGUUUUAAGGAAAGCACGAGGAAACCUCGAGGAAAUCCCACUGAAUGCCCAGUGACCAGUCAGCAGGCAGACGCCCCUCCCUAACCCACCUCCUCUACCCUACCUUUAAAAGGACACUUAAGCUGUCAAUCAUGACUCAUCCCUGAAGUUCAAAGUAAAUGCCUUUCAUGUGGGAUUUGUUUUCCCCUCUUGAGAGUAUUUCGAUGUGCUCAUAUUCAGUUUUGGAGACACCAAAUGAAUUUGCACAUUUUACAGAGACAUAUCUCUAGUAAAUAUCGAAUGUCUUUUAGUUUUGUAUUUAAUGCAUUAUUUUAUUUUAUUUUUUUUUUAAAUGCUCCUUUCAUAGAACUCGCUCUUGUCCACUGCCUGUUUGCUGUACCGUCAUGUUUUAUACUGUAGUAAUCGGUUAAGCACGGCUGUGACCCGUAGUUCAUCUACAAUGCCUAACGAUUGUGGUACAGAUCCAUUAAAACCACCGCAGCACUGA